AUGGUAUCUACGAUAGAGCAACGCUACCUUGACCUGCAUACCGGAUCGGCUGAGCGCUGGGCGACCGCGCGCGACAUUUUCCCGGACGGGGUGACGCACGAUGGGCGGCGAAUGUCGCCGUUCCCGCUCUACGGUACGCAUGGAGUGGGCGGCGUGAAGUGGGAUGUCGAUGGCAAUCGCAUCGUCGAUUUCUGGACCGGGCAUGGCUCAAUGAUGCUGGGGCACGCGCAUCCUGAGAUUGUCAGGGUGGUGCAGGAGCAGGUGGCGAUAGGCACACAUCUGAGCAUGUCUUCGGACCUAGAGAUGCACUGGGGGCAGUUGGUGCAGCAGCUAAUACCUAGUGCGGAGAAGGUGCGCUUCCACAGUUCGGGCACUGAAGCGACGAUGAUGGCGAUACGCAUGGCGCGAGCGUACACGGGCAAGACAAAAGUCAUCAAGUUUGAGGAACACUUCCACGGCUGGAGCGACUACCUCGCGGCGGGCGGCGCAGGACUAGGUGGCAUCCCGCAGGAGACGCUGAGCACGAUGAUCGUGCUGCCGCCGGAUGACAUUGACGCGGUGGAGCAGACGCUUCAGCGGAGUGAUGACAUUGCCGCUAUCAUACUGGAGCCGACGGGCGCGCACAUGGGCCUGGAGCCGAUUCGCCCUGGCUUCCUGCACGAGCUCCGGGACAUUACAGAGAAACACGGUGUGGUUCUUAUUUUCGACGAAGUAGUGACGGGCUUCCGCGUGGCGAAGGGCGGCGUUCAGUCGCUAUAUGGCGUGACUCCUGAUAUGACCACGAUGGCGAAGAUCCUGGGUGGCGGGCUUCCGGGUGGCGCUGUGGCAGGGAAGGCGGACAUCAUCAACAUGAUAGAGGGCGGCAACGACCCUGACCGACGCAUCGCGCACAACGGCACUUUCAACGCCAACCCGCUAUCCGCGGUGGCUGGCAUCAAGGCGCUGGAAUUGGUUGCAACAACGGAUGUCAACGAAAGGGCUUCCGCAAUGGGCGAGCGGUUUGAAGUCAGGUAUGAACGAGCUUCUCACGAAGUUGGAGAUUCCGGGGUGCGCGACAGGCAUCAACUCGCUGAUCUUCUUGCGCUUGAAUGUUGA